AUCCAAGAAAAAUCAAUUUUAUUUGUGUUUUGUUAUUAAGUACGAUUAUUUUUUUUUCGACUGUUAUUUAUUUUCUGUUUUACGGCCCACACCGAGAAUAUUGGUCGAACGACGAGGUUGUUUUAACGUAAUCUACAAUUGUUUUGCUAAUAUUCAAUACAAUUAGUAAUUUUAAUAUUGUUUUCGGUAAUAUAAUAGCCACUUCCCUCAUAUAAGUAUUCAGAAUGGCUACUUUGCCUUCCCCAAAUGAAGUGAGAAAAAUGAUUUAUAUAUUAGUUAAAAAUUAGACACAUAAAAAAAUUAAUGAAAUAUAUUUUAAAAUACUAAAAUACUGCUUUAAUAUUGAAUGGAUUACUAUGAUAUGUUGAGUUAUUGUUUUUAAAUAGGGUGAAUUGUUUAACACUUAUUUGGCUCCACCCUAAAAUCAAUUUAUUAAUAUUUGUAUUUUAUGUUUUAUACUUAAUUCUCAAUCUCAAGGUUAUAAUUCAGUAUACUUGUAUUGAUGUAUAAUGCUGAAUUUAUUUUAUAUGUGAUUUUGUAGGUAGCCGGAAGUCAUUUUCCUAUUUAUGAAGCCCUCUAUAAUAUGGUGAGUAACUAGGUAUAUAUUUAGUUUCUUAAAAGUAAACAAUUCUAUUAAAAACAAAAUGGAUUUAUUUAAAUAUAUAACAAGUAAGGAUCAAGAUAUUCUAUCAUUAUAGUAAAUUAGAUUAAACAAUGAGUCACAGUAAUUAUAUAAAAGAAAACAUUUAAAAAUAUAUUAUAAGUAUAAUUGAAUUUUUUUCUUCAACAAUAUAAAAAUACAAAUUGAAACAUAGUUAAUUUUAAAGCUCAUAGUAUAAAAACAUGCAUCUACCAUGAAUACAUGAAUAAAUUAUGUAAUUUUAAUGCUCAAAAUAUAAUUCACGGUUUUAAAAUACAUGUUUUACAUAGAAUAUUGAUAUACCUAUUUAUUUUAAUUAAAUUAAAAAAUAGGUAUGUGACAAUAACUAUUAAAUAUUAUAAUUAUAAUGGGUAUAAAGGAACUAGUUUAUUGAUAAUUAUAUCUUAUAUUAUGCACUUGUGUUCAAUAUAAUUGUCAAUUAUUAUUAUUAUGCCUAUUACAUUUUAUUGUAAUGAUAAUAGCCCAGAAAAUAGUCAACAAUAUUAAAUUUUAUAAUUAAAUUAAAAUUAAAUAUUUUAUAGUUUUAAAUUUUUACUUAUUUAUAAUGUUAUUUACAAUUGGUUUUUGUUAGGUGGAUCCUACUAAUAAAGGAAAUAUUGGACCACUAGACGCAGCAAAUUUUCUUAAAAAGUCUGGUUUAUCACAAGGUUUACUAAGUCAAGUAUGUUAAUUAUAAGUAGUGUGUUUAUUAAUAUUAAAAUUAAAAUUUAAGAGAUACCUAUUUAAAGUUAAAAAAGAUUUAAAAAAAAAAUAAAUACACUAAUUCCAUUUACUAUUAUGUUGUUUGAGUUUUAUUUUAUUUUUAAGAUUUGGGAUUUAUCUGAUCCAACUGCUACUGGUUUCUUGACAAAAUCAGGAAUUUUUGUGGCACUCAAGUUGAUUUCUUUAGCACAAGCUGGACGAGACAUAUCGAUGUUAAACAUCACUCAACAAUCCCCACCACCUAAUAUGGUAUAAGUCAAAUUACAUUUUGAAAUGCUCUAAAACAUGAAUUCAAUUACAUACACUUUCUAGUGUAUUUUUAUCAUUGUUAUGUAGAAUUACAUUGAAUUUUGUGGAUACAAAGACUGUACAUUUUAUAAAGUAAAAACAACCAAUAAUGCAUUGUCAAUUAUUUUAUAUAAUAGGGUGAAGCGUCAAAGCAAUUAGCAUCUAAAAUACCAACAGGUUUAGUUUCUGUUGUGAGCAAUAUGAAUGAUUGGGCAAUGAAGCCUUCUGAAAGAAUGAACUAUGAUAAAAUGUUUGAAUCAUUAAGACCUGUAAAUGGAACAGUUGCUGGAGAUAAAGUAAAUACAAUUUAUUAUAUUUAUAUACAAUUUUAAUUAUAAUUUACCUUUUAGGUUAAAGGAUUGCUAAUAGAUUCCAAAUUGUCAGUAGAUACAUUAGGUAAAAUUUGGGACUUGGCUGAUAUGGAUAAAGAUGGAAAAUUAGAUCAACACGAAUUUGCCGUCGUAUGUUUUAAUUAACUAAAAAAUAUCAUACUUAAUCUUAUUAUUAAAAAUUAAUUUUGCUUAGGCUAUGCAUUUAGUUUAUAAAGCUUUAGAAAAAUACGCUAUUCCCAGCAUUUUGCCCGGAGAAUUAUUACCUCCAGCAAAAAGAAAAACUUCAGCUGUUGCUAAUUCUCCUGUACCAGUGUUACCAGUGCUUCCUUCUGGGGUUACUUCAAAUCUAGUCAAACAACCACCAAAAGUAAGUUCUGGGAAAAUAUUAAUAGAAAAUAAAUACACAAAUUAUAUGGUAAAUUAUUUUUUCAAUGAUUUUUCAAAUCUGUAUAAUUCAGUGUGUUUUUACGACAGUGUAUUAUUUUUAAACAAUUAUUUUUGGUUUAGUUUAUAUAAUACAAAAAAAUAAUAUUGUUUUGAUUAAGAUAAUCCCAGACGAUUUUUGUUUGUUUUAUAGGCAAAAUUUGAAAAUGAUUUAAAUUUGUAUAGUAAACAUUGAAUGCUACAGCGUAUAUUUGAAAACUUAAACAUUUAUGUUCCACUUAAAAUAUUACCAAUUAACUCUAUGCAUAAAAUCAUUAUUUUAUUUUUUUUAAUAUAUAUAUAAAUUACAUAUACAUACUAUUUUGAUUACAUUUUUACUUACAAAUUCAACCAUAAUCUAAUAAUUUGAACAAUUUUAGAAUUGAGAGGUAAUUCAUUUAAUUAAUUUUAAAUAAAAACAAUACCUGUAUGUUGGUAGUAAAAUGUCAGAUUAUUAUUUUAAAUUAUAAUAAUUUAUAUUUUUUUGAGAUUAUUAAUUAACAAAAAUAACUUUCAUUUUAAAUAAUGAAAUUCUCCCUACUAAUCCAUUAUUUAUGAAAUAUUUUGGAUCUAAUAUAAUAAGGCUUAUUUUUAAUAUUUUUAAGAUUUAGACAUCAGAGUAUUACUUUGUCUACGGGCAUUUAAAUUUGUUUUUAUUGGUUUAGAGGCCAAUUACUCCAUCUAUUGGAUCAGUGUCAUCACAUGCUACAUGGGUAGUUACUGCUGAAGAACAAGCACGUUAUAGUUCUAUGUUUUUGGAAUCUGAUGUUGACAUGGAUGGUUUUGUAUCAGGGCCAGAAAUCAAAGAUCGGUUUCUUAAAACUGGUAUUCAUCAGUCUAUAUUAGCACUCAUAUGGUAAUUUUAUAAAAAUUUAUUUAUUGGUACUGUUAUAUUAAUUUUAAACAUUUUAGGAGUUUGUGUGAUAUUAAUCAACAUGGAAAGUUAGAUAUGGAGCAGUUUGGUCUAGCCAUGUGGUUAGUAGAGCGCAAACUUAUGGGAAUUGAUCCACCAACUGCACUUACUCCUGAAAUGAUACCUCCAAGCAAUCGAACUACUACUGCAGCUUCUACUACAGUUCAAGUAAGAAUAUUGAUGCAUUUAUAUUCAUUUUUAUUAAAUUAUUUUUUUACAGUUAAAAAAAAUGCAUUGUUAGUUUAUAGCAAUGCUAAGAAUAUGCAGCUUCUCUAUCGAUGAAUAUUUUAAAUCCCACCCAUGCAAAAAUUACUAAAAUUAAAAUAACUCCAUAUAAAUGUAUAUCUUCUUGAAUUGCAAUAUUAAACUCCUUAGUAACUUUUAUUUGUACUAUUCCAGCUAUAUACUCAUUUUGCCAACAUCUAUAAAUAGAAAAGGAUUAUAAUUUUUACAUAAUUUUAUAAAAAAUGACUAAUUAUUAAAUAAAUUUAUUUUUGUUUACGUAAAUAUUUGUUCAUCUUCUUUGGUUAUAUUUUCAAUGACAAGUCUAUUUAAUAUAUCAGUUGUUAUAUGUCCUUUAUUUGUUAUGACAGUCUGAUUAUUUAAUCUCCAUUCAUAUGGAGCGUCUGAAUUUAAAUUCCUUUUAAUAUAUUAACACGAUAAUCAAUUGUAAAUUAUAGGUAGUUAACAAUUAUUAUAUUAAUUAUAAGUAAAAUAACUUCUAACCCUGGACAUGUGACAUAUAGAUGUUCAUUUAAAAAUACAAUAAUUACUGAUGUUUCAACUUUUGGCGGUAGAUCGGGUAUUGUUUGCAAUGGUGAAUAUAUACCAGCUGAAUUAUUAUAUCUUUCUUUUACUUUUCCUUGAAAAUCUUUUAUUUCAAAUAUGUCAUUAUUAUUACAUUUCAGCUUAAAACAAAUACAAUUUUAAUAUAUAGUGAUUAAAAAAUAUGUAAUAUUAUUACUUUACAGUUUUUAACCAUUAUUUUUGUUGCUUUGUUCUUUAUUAUUUUAUCAGAGUGAUAUAAUAAACCCAAUAGACUACUUUGACACGGUAUACCAGUAUCAAAAACAUUCAUCAAUGUUUCUAAGUACUGUAUUUCUUCAUGUUUAUAAUUUUUCAUUGACAUAUUAUAUUUUCUAUUUGCUUUAAUAAUCAUGCUGUCUAGAGAUUAAAAUAUAUUUUGUAGUAAUAAUUUGCAAUUGUUUGUUAAAUUUAAUUAUGGUUUUGAGUUAUACAGUUAAGUCUCUUAUUUGUCUUAUUCUUUACAUUCUACUAAUUAAAUUCCUAAUAUUUAUUUAAUUAUUUAAGUUUUAAAUUAUCAUUAUUUAUAUUUCUUAUCUUUUUAGAGAAAUUAAAAUGUUUGCUUUAAAUAUUUACUAAAAGUUACAUAUUGAUAUAAUAGUUCUUCUCCUUUGCAUCUUUUAUUAACAACAAAGUCUAUCGCCUUGGUCCAAAAUCUUUACAUAGCCUGGUCCGCCACUCCAUCUUGUGGCAUAUACAGUUGUCAUUAUAUCACUCUUAAUUAUAUCAGACCAUUUAUUUUUUUGUUAUCAUUUCUCAUUAAUUUACCAAAACCACUCUUAUAGCCUCACACACUUUGAUUUUUAUAUUUAAAAUGCACUACUGACCCACUUGAUUGUAUCUUAUGACACAAAAAAAAAAUACUAUACAUAGUUCAACUAUACAACUAGGUAUAAAUCAACUGUAUAAACCCUACUUUUAUAAGUCCAAUGACCAUUAAAAUGAUUGUAUAGUACUAUAUAGUUAGGUUUUUUUUUUUAAUCAAAUAUUUGUACACCAUUUCUUAAUAUUUAUAACAUGAUUACAAACUUGAUAUUAUACUAAUUCAUUAAUAUAAAUUCAAUAGUAUAAUAAACAUUUCAAGAUCAUUGUUAUAACUUAAAACCAAAGUAUAAUUGUAUUUUAUUCAUACUUUUUAAUGAUACAAAACAAUAGCCUAAUUUUAUUUGUUUACCAAUCACAUCACAUUUGCUACAUGAUGACCACCGAGUCCAUAAAUUCCAAAUUUUGAAAUUUAAGUUUCCUAAAACUAUAUCUCCAUAUGUUGUAUUGUCAGUUUUUGUGUUGUUUAUCUAAAUAAUUUUUUAAUUUUUAUACUCUGUUCAAAUUUAUUUAUCUUAUUUACUGACAUCGAUUACAGGUUCAUUAUCAUUAAUGAGUUCAAUAAAAUAUGGCCCUGCUUCGCUAUUGGCCAAUUUACAUUGAUAUAAUCCACUUUUCGAUUCAUCUAUAUUAAUUAUAGUUAAGGAUAGGUCUAAAGAUGAAACACGAAAAUAGUUAUCUUCUUUUAUUAAACUUAAAUUGUUUAGAUUUCCUAGCCAUGAAUAAUACCAAACAUUUUUAUGCUUUAAAUCCUUAGGAGAAAUACAUAAUUCACAUUCCAAGCUGUAAAUCAUUAGGACAUGGAACAUAAUAUUUGUUUUGUUUUAUAGUAUUAAUUAAAAUUACCUUAAUGAUGCACUUCUAAAUGUAGUAAUAGCCUUAGCUUGGAAAAUAUUAUUUAUAUUAACACUUUUUGAAAGCUCUUUCAAGCAUUUAUAAUAUAAUUCCCAAAGUAUCUUAUUUUUAUUCAGUUUUUCCUGAUCUAAACCUGGAUAAUCAAGAUAGGAACCUGGUUUUGAUCCUAUUUGAGAGUUUUCAUGAGUUUUAUUCCAACUUUCAACUAUUAAAGUUUUUGAAUUUUUUUUUAUUUUUUGCCAUUCGGAUUUAAAACCAAUUGACAUUACGUUUGUUGAAAAUAUUGUAGCUAUUACCAGUAGAAAAAUUAUUAUGUGUAUACAUUUCAUAAUUAUUGAACUUUUUAAUUUGAUUAUAAUAAUUGAAAUCCUUGAAAAAAUUAAAACAAUAUGCAUAUGUAAACAAUUUAAAUUUAAUUAUUUCAUAGAAACCAAUAUAAUUUGUAAUAUAUAGGUAUUUAACAUAAUAAUAUAUUGUUGCUAUAUUUUUUUUUUAUCCCAAUAUAAAUAAAUAAUAAUACAAUUUAGAAUUAAUUUGUGUUUUUUUGUAGGCCCAAGAAAAGCCUCCAGCAUAUUCAAACCCUGAAUUGGACAUGAUUCAAAAAGAUAUUGAUGAACUAGUCAAAGAAAGGCUUAUUCUGGAAACAGAAAUUGCUCAAAAAGAAGCUGAUUUAAAAAUACGUUCUGGCGAAGUCAAAAGUUUACAGGUUAUUAUUCACGUUUUUUUUUUAUUUUUUACUAAAAUAUUUAAAUUGAUGAGUAUAAAUAUUUAAUAAAAUUAUAAUGUAGAAUUUUUACAAGAAUUACAUUUUUAUAUUAGAGAUUAUGAAAUAAGAGAGAGAUAAAUUGGUUUUAUUGUUUGUUAUUUAUUUAUUUAUUUCACUUUUAUGUUUGAAAACAACUUAUACCUAUAUAAUUUUUUGAGUUGGUGCAUUGGGGAGAUCAUAAAAUGUCAGAAAAGUGGAAAAAUGUAUGCAAUAAUGGUUUCUGUUAUUUUUUUACCAUGUUCAUUUAUUAUAAAUUGGUUUAAAAUAAUGUUAUUUUUGCAAACACUUAUAUUAGAACUUUAUAAACAUGGUAAUAUAUAAUAAAAACCAUUAAUAUAGGUUUGUUUAUUGAUAAGAUUACAUUUUGUCUUGAAAUAUAAUUUUUUUAAUAUCUUAAACUUCAUACAUAUAAUCAGUAAAUUUUAUUUUUUCAGGGAGAACUUGACACUUUAUCUGCUACUCUCAAACAGCUGGAAAAUCAAAAGGGUGAAGCUCAAAAACGUCUAAAUGAUCUCAGAAACCAGGUAAUUUAAUUUUAAAUAGAAUAUUAUGAUAGAUGUUUGUACUAUUAUUUAUUUUGUAACUAUUACAAAAAGAAAAAGUGCAUUUUAACUAAUUUUAGAGUAACGUUUUUUUAAUUUGUUUGCAUACUAGUAAUUUAACACUUAUUUAAAUAAUUAUCUGCUUAUUUUUGUUUUUUGGUUCUCCUUUUAACUUGCAUGUACAACAUGUUCACCACUUUAGACUCUAUUGGUAGACAAUGAAAUAAUCAACUUCAAUCAGAAAAUAAAGGCUGAACAAGUACAGGUAUUUUAUCCUAAAUCCAUCCUUAGCUUAUUUUUAUAUUUAGCUGCAUGUAAAAUGCUUAGUUUUUAAGUUAUAAAUGAAAAAAUAGCAGAAUAUUUUGCGAUUCUCUGAAAAAUAUAAUUUUUUUGAAGACAACUUUCUUUAUUGCAUUAAUUAAAUGUAUGUCACAAUAGGAAACUAUUUAUAAUAAUUAACUCAAAAUUAGUUUUUACACUAGUAUACAAAUAAUUGUAUCUUAAACAAAUCAAUAUAGUCAAUAAUCAGAUAAGUUUGAAAAACCUUAAUAUUUAUUUGUAAGAAUUUUCAUAUUUAUAAUAACAACAUACAUAUAUAUAUAAUGAUAUAUUAUAUAUUUUAAAUAGAAAUAAUAUGAUCUUUUUAUAAUUUACUCGACCUCCUGGGUAUUAGUAAUCUGCUACUAUUCUGAUUCCAUUACUAUCUCUGACCGUGUGCAAUUUGUCUUCUUGGAUCCUCCUUUAUUAUUUUCUUUCCUCCCUCUGGUGUUCCCAAAGGUGCAGUCUUGUUACUUUUAAUUUUUAUUCUUUUUGUUAAUUUUGCUACUUUUGUCUUCAAAAAUGCCGGGUUACUCUUUUUUUGUCGAAGACCAGAAGUUAUUCCUCUGCAUUAACUCCCACCUUAACUGUUUUCUUCUACAGGCUGACCUCUAUAGAUUGGCUACUUGGGGAUUAUCUCUAUGGGUUUGUCCCUUAAUAUCCCUAAGUGUUUGGUAAUGACUCUUUUCCGUCUUUUAUUCUCUUUUAUUACCUUCUUCUACUGUAUAAAUGACAUUCCCAUUAAAUAUGCAGGUAAUUCCAUCUGUGACCUUUUUUUACUUUGUCUAGCAACCUAGUAAACCAUAUGUCUCAUGAUUUUUGCCUUCUUACUCCUCUCAAAUCUCUUUGUGCUCUCAUACGUUCUAUCCUGGAAUAAUGGUUCAGUUAUUCAGGUCUCAAAUACAUCUGUCGCUGGCAACAUGAUUGAGCAUGUCUAAAGGAGGCUCCUGGGUGCGUUCAGAUUUGAGAUUCUUUGGAUCCCCUCAAUGAUAAUUCCCCUGUUUUGCUUUUGUUAAAUCUUUUUAGCCUCGCUGAUAAAAGACAUCUGGCUAACUUUCUCUUUCUCUCUAAAUUUCUAGUCAAUCAAAGUGAUUCACUUUCUUUACUCUUGGAUAUCAAUCUGUGUUCUUUUACAUCAUACUUGUUCUUUACUUCUCUUCUAUAUCUCUCUUACUGUUUCUAACUUCCCUUUUAAUGCCUUAACGAUCCAUAUCCUCUGUCCGGCUAACCUUAAACCCGCUUUCUCUUUACCUUAGUCUUAUCUAAGUUAUCAUUGUUGUUGUUAUUGCUAUUAUUCAUAUAUAAUAUAUUAAGUUAAAUAAUUUAUUACCUUAUAAUUGAACUUGUUUGUAUUUAAAAUAAAAUAAUAUGUAGUAAACUAACAUAUUAUAAUUUGAAAAUUAUAAAUGUUAAUAAAGUCAUUUGCAACCCUCUAAUAAGCAGAGAUUGUGGUGGGGAUUGUACAAGUAAGUAUACAUAGUAUCAUUUACAUUAAAAAAUCAAUAAAUGUCUAUAUUGUUAAGAUUAACAUGUCUUAAAAACAAUUUAAUAGUAUUUUAUGUUAAAAAUUAAAUAUAUUAAUUUGUUAAAUUUUACAUUUAUAAAUAGCAAUAGAGAGAACUUUUAAUAUCAAAAUGUUUCUUAUACUAUACUCUAUUUAAAUUAAGAACACACCACCUUUGCUCAUCGUGACAAAGUUCUGACUGCUGCCAGAUCACCCGGUUUCUUUAAUUCGGCAAUUAUCUUUUACGAUUGUGCGCCGUCACCGAUCUCGUUGCUGUGCGUAAUACAGUACUACAAGUUCUAAUAUCAUAAUGAGAAUGGAAACGCACACGUGAUUUCGUCUGCCGCCUAUUCAGUUCUUAUUAUGAAUUGAGUAUAAGGACAUGGAUACUAAUACUUUCCUUAAAUCUAGUUGAAAAUUUGAAAUGUUAUAUUAUAUUUUAUACUAAAAUAUUUGUAUAAAAGAGAGUUUUCUUACUGGGUACAUUUAGUUUUUACAUGUAAAUGUAGUUGUUGGCAUGAAUAUUACGUAUACAAAUUGUUUCCUUACUAAUAUAGCUUAUUAUUAUCAUGAAAAUGAAACAUAUUUUUAAUUUUUAAUAGAUAUAUUAUUAAAUUUUGUUUAUAGGUAGACAAUCUUCGCAAACAAGCCGAUGAACAAGAACUUACUUUAAAAGUGCAAGAAGCAGAGUUAUCUUCUAAAAAACAAGAACUUGAAGAACUUAAAACUCUAGAACAUAAACUUGAGAAGGAUCAGACUGAAAUGGGCAAAAAGUUAGAUGAGCUAAAUAACAUGUUACAAAAUUCACAAUUGCAAAUAAGUCAAGUAAGAUAAAUUAUAUAAAAUUUAAAUAUUGUUUUCUAAUGUUUUUAUUUUUAUUAGAUAAAAAAUAAAGUAAAUCAAUUGGAGGAAAAUAAGCGUCAAAUGGAGGAUACAAUUGAGUCAACGGAAAAAGCAUUAGCUGAAGGAAAUAUUUAUGCUAUCCCAGAUUCAUUAUUGACAUUUAAUUUAGAAUUUCGGGAUCUUGAAUGUAGUAGACUCCUAGGCAAACUCGUUAGUUAAAAUUUGAAAAUAAUUCCAUAUUAUUGUUAUUAUUUUUCUUUGGUUCAAUGGUUAUCACCAUUGCCAUUUUUAAUAUUCUAGGUGGAUAAUAAAGAUUCUUUUGAAAAUAUGAAUGGAUUUACUGUAACAAAUGGACCUCAUGAUGAAAGCUCUUUUAAAACUGGUAAUCAAAUUUUAUAAUGUAUUAUAAAAUAAAGUUUUUUUUUAAAGACAUUCUAAACUAAGUACAUUUUUAGAUAAAAUGACAAAAAUUGAAUAUUUGUUUAUAUAAAUAAACUACAUUUCAAUUGGUAAUAAUUAUUAUAGGUGUACAUGUGUUGUGAAAUUUCAAAAAUGUAUAUAAAAUUAAAAUUAAUACUUAUAAAUAUUUUAGGUGUUAAAAUUGAUUUUACUAUCCAUGGAUGAAUUCAUAAAUUUAUAUUGAAGAAACAUUUUAAAUUUAAACAUGUUCUUCAUACUUUUUUUUGUGUUGUAAUGUUAUAAUUUGAUAAAUUGUCUUCAAAAAAAGAGAGGGUAGAAAAGGACCAUUUGCAAGUGUUAUUUUAUCAAAGUAAUAUGAUUUAAAUAUGCAAUAUAUAUCACAGAAGUUGUACAAUACACAAAGAAAAACUCAGUUGUCAACUAAAUAUUCCUCUUCCCACCUGCCCUGCCCCCAUGAGAACAUCUAUGCAUACCCGCCUACUUUUUUCAUUACUCAAUAGACAAUUUUAUUCAAUAUUCUGCAAUUAGUUUAAUAAUAGUUUCAAUCAGUUCGGUAUUGUUUUUAUUGUUUUAUUUUGAGUUUUAAUAUGAUAUUUAAUGUAUCACAAUAUCAACUUUUUAUCCAUAUUGCAAACAUAGAAAUGAAAGUCAAACAUUUAUGGAUAAAAAUCCUGGGUAUAUAUUUUUAGUAUAUUAUAAAACUAGAAUACAAGUUUUUUUUUUUUUUUUGUGAAUAAUGGGUUCUAAGCAAUUUUAAAUAAGUUAAAUUCCUUUAAGAAUGUCUACUAAAAAAUUCUUAAUAUUUAGUAUACAUUAAUUUAAUUUAUUAAAUAAAUUGCAUACAAUAUUUGUUUUUAGAUUUUUUUACAAAUAAUGAUACAUUCUCAACAAACAAUAAAGUGGUGAGUACAGUUAUUUAUUUAUUUAUUUAUUUAAAGUACGGAUUGGUAGCCCAAUGGUUACAAUAAAAAAUUAUCUUAUAGUCAUAAAAUAAUACUUUGCUGCUUUUAUUAUUAUUAUUAUUAUUUAUUUUUAUGAUAGGAUGCUUUUUCAAACGAUCCUUUCACUUCAUUUGAUGACUCCAGAACCAGAAGUGAGUUGUCUAAUUAAAAAAUAAAUGAUUGAUUACCAUAAAUUUUAAAUUUCGGUAUUAUAUAUUCAAGGUCAAAGUACUGAUCCAUUUGGCGGUGAAACCAAUGCAUCCAAAUCAUCUGAUGUAAGUUACAUGGCUUUAUUUAUAUUUUAAUUUUGAUUUCAUUUAUUAUUUAUGUAUUUUAUAAAUAUCAAUGUUGAUUUUAAAUUUAAAGAGACAUGAAGAUAAAGAUGCAUUUGGUUGUGAUCCAUUUGCCAUAUUGCACGCACCAACAAGGCCAAGUUCAGCGCCACCUCCACAACGACCUGAAAGUCCAACUCCAGCACUUCCUCCUAAGAAAGGUAAACAGCCACCACCAAGACCAGCUCCUCCAAGACCCGCACCAUAUCAUGCACCUACGUCCCAUACCAGUUCUUCAAUUAGUUCAGAGUUUGCUGAUUUCUCAAAUUUCAAUACCAAGGUAAUUUAUUAUAUUAACUUAAAUAAUAUAUAUUUUAUUAUAUUUCCAUUUCCUUUAUUGAUUUUAUAUAUUUUGUCCAAUUCUUCUAUAAUAUAACCCAAGCUAUUUUCUAAAGGUGAAUUAACCAUUACUAAUAAAAACAAAAAUUGUCACUGAACAUUUUACAUAUAAAAAUCAUUCAUCAGAUAUAUCUUUAACUGUUCCAUCUGUUUAUUGAUUUCAGAUUCUCAAGUACUAUAGGCAAUUUUAUUUUUACACACUUACUUGGACCAUAAUUUAUCACUAUAUAUAUAUAAAUCUUUAAUCAAAUUCGUACAGAAAAAAAAUUGGUGAACACGUCUAUUACAUAAUGAUAUUGUGAUAAGGUUUUAGUUCAGUCUAUUUUUCUUUUUCAUUUACAGUACUGUUGUUUUUACUUUAUUUUGUUUCUUAUUUUUUCAAUAAUUUAUUUGAUACAUUAAUAAUAAUUAUAAAAAAAACAUCUAAAAAAACCUGCUCUUCUUAUUGAAUAUGCACUCCCCUGCUUAUACUCAAUUUGUAUGCAGCUUGUAAAUUCAUAUUAACACUUUCAUUUACCCAAGUUAAUUGUUAAUAUUCAUUCAGUAAUUAAAAGUAAUUGUAAACCGUUAAAAAUCAUCAUUGGACUAAGAGUAGUUAGUUAAUGUCUGUUGUGAAGGAUAUAUUUAGACAAUCUAGAUUUUAAUGAAAUUUUAGAAUUUGUUGAAAAAAAAAACAUCACCUUUAAUGAAUAACAAUGUCAAUCAAAUAAAAUAUAUAGCAUGAACAUUUUUUUUUUAAAAAUUUAAUUUUAAUCACUAAUAUUGAGGACCGAGUCAAUGUAUCACGCAGACUGUAUAGAACCUGUUUAAUUUUGGUUUAAUAGUAGAAUCACCUAUUAUAUUAUUAUUGACUGGAAUGUUUCAUUUUAAAUAGAUGCCUGGGUAUAUUAGUAUAAAACCGAUGGAUGAGUUACUUUUUAGUGAUUCGAGCGAAGAUAAAAUAUCUACAGGACUGAAAGGAGCAGUUGAAUGGUAGCACUACUGAUAAUUAUUACUGGGAUAAAUAUCUGAUGAAGAGAGCAAGGGAGGUUUAAAGACAUAUGAAAAGUACUUGGGGAACAGAUUCGCAGAGUCCUUAGGGCAGUUAGCAGCUCUGUCAUGGAAAUGGACUGAAGGAGGGAAGGAGAAUUUGUUUGCUUUUUCUCUAAAACCCAAAUUAAUUGAAUUCUAAGUAGUCUGUGUAAGGUAGAUUUUGCUAUAUUCCCUGUUUAGUAGGACCAAAACAGACCAAGCGGGUAUAACGUCCUCUUAGGGAAUUUUAAUUUUAAUAUUAAAUUACAGUAUUUGAAAAUACUUCGUUUAAAUAAUAUUUAGUAUAAAAGAGUUUAUCAAAAAUCAUGUUAAAAUACACUAACAAAAUUUGGUUUUGGUUAUUGAAUCAUAAUUUGAAUUUCUUAAUUUAGUUAAUGUCACAAAUUUAAACUAUAGACAUAAAAUAAUUAACUAAUAAUAACUUUCUCUAUAUCAACUUUCCAGUUCUUAUUUAUUUUACAUUUUAUUGAUGUUUUUGCUGUCUAAUAACCAUACAUCCUAUUUAAUUUUCUCGCAUUAAAUAUAAUUAAUUUUAACUAUUAUGUACAAUUUACUAAUUUAUUUAUUUUAUUUUUUUUUUGUUAUUAUUUAUUUUUUAGAAAUAGAUAUGAUUUUGUUUUGUUUUUUUUUCGGUUUUUUUUCCAUUCUUAGUUUUCACAGGAUACUAAAACAGUUGCACAAUCAAGCAGUUUUGAAUUUACUGAAGACCCAUUUAAAGACUAUAGAUAUGAUGAUCCCUUUAAAAUAGAUCCAUUUUCGGAUACUGGCUUUGAAACAGAUCCUUUUGGAGAUGGUGCAUUUUCUUCAGAUGACUGUCAAAAAAUUAAUCUCAGUGAUGAACAACUUGCAUGGGAAGCACAAAAAAAAUUUAGAAUGGAAGAAGAAAAAGCUCGUUUAGAACAAGAAAAAUCAGAUUUUGAAAUGGCUCUAAGACUUAGUAAAGCAACAACUUCAGAUAAUAGGUCUAAAAUUUUACUAUAAUUUCAAAUAAAUUAUGUAAACUGCAACUACCAAAAAUUAAACUUUGUAUUAAAAUAAUAUAUUAAUUUAUUAGUUAUUUGGAAUUGUAAUAAAUAGGUUUAUUAUGUACCUAUUUAAUGUUUAUUUAAUUUUUAUUAUUUAGUACCUAACAUUGUACAAAUUGAUACAUUCUUAGUAAAUUUAACAUACAAUUUUUGUUAUUAAAUUAUAAUCUUUUUCUUUCCCUCUCUUGCUUAUAACUUAAAAUACAGUUUUUAUCAAACUUAUGUAAAAAGUGAUAUAAAGAGUUACAAAUCUACAGUUUUGUGCUACUUUUAAACAUAUUGACAAAGCAUAUUAUAUGAUGAUUAUAUAUGUUCUUUUCUGAUUCUAUAUAUCAGAAAUUUCUGAUUUUUAAAUAGAAUUUGAAAUAGAACUUUAAGUUAACUCUAUAGUUUUAAGUUAAACAUUUAACCAAAAUUAAUUGAUGUAAUCUAUAUUAUGCUAGCGCAAGAUGAAUUUAAAUCUGUUAUCGGAUUAAUAAUUAAUUCACUUUAAAGUACUUAAGGUUGAGCACAUGUGUAUGUACUUGAACUAGAAUAUCUAUUAGACUAUUUACUAAUCUAUAUUGUUACCGUUAACAAGUAUAAUUAUUUAAUAUACAUUUAUUUUUAGCUACUAGCCAAUGUAUUUAAACAAAAGUCCAUUAAUAGAUAGUAAAUAAAUUUUGACCAAAAUAAAUAUUUGCAAAAUUGUAGUUCAUAAAUCACUGCCCCUGUAUACUGAAACACUUAUUAUGUUAUUAUUAUCACAUAAUAAUAUAAUUAUUACUGUUAACUGUUUACCUAUUAACUAUCAUUAUUUUAUUAUUUAUUUGUAUCUAUAAUAUUAUACCUAUGUGGAAAUUGUAGCCUAUAUUUGUUACCAUGUUAAUUGAUAUUUAUCUCAUAUUUAUCUCUCUUCAUUUGUUAUCUAUACUUAUUGUAAUAUUAUUACUACACAUAAUACAAAUUAAAAUAUUCUUAAAAACCAUAAUUCUAAUAAAAUUCUAAUUUUGUCUCAAAAACUAAUCGUUUUUAAGCAUACAAACAUUUAAUUAUGCGCAAAUUAAUAAUAGCCAUCAUUUAUGUUUUGUUAUAUUUUUAUUGGAUGGCUAAUAUACUGUUGUUAUUUUAAAAUAUUGUUAUAAAACAUGUUUAGGGGACAAUUAUAUAAAAUAAUUGUUAUUUAUUCUAAAUAUGAGCUUUUGAAUGUAUUUGUACAUUUUUUUUUUUUUUACAACUUAGGAGAAGUAUACAAAUAAUAUAAGGUCAUCAAACAUCUCAAUGAUUUCUUAUUUAAUUCAAGUAAAUAACCAAAUAAAUAUUAAAUUUAAAAUUGCCAUAUUUACCACACAUUUUCAUAUUUAAGAUUAUUAUUAUUUUACUGUUUUCCAGUUUAUAUAGAAUCGUAUUAUAUGACAAUUAUAAAAUACUGUUUAUUCACUGUUUUUACACAUUUUGUUAUCCUUAUCCUAUAUAAUAUUAACUUAUAUUAAUAAGAUUUAGUUGAUAAUUAAUUAUUAUUGGCUACAGUAGGAUAUUUUAGCAUCAUGACAAUAUAUUUAUCGCUGGAAACUAAUAAUACUUUUCUGCAUUCC